GAGCGGCCCGACUGCGUUUUUUGUGCUAACGUAAACCGAUCCGAAAAUCGACCAUAAAAGUGAAAAGCCACGCGACCAGGGGAAAAAUGAAUCCUGGAAAUCGGUAGUUGCCGCGAAAGGUGCCUAAUAAUUGGAACUGAGAUCCAAGGUGCAGAGCUCCGCGCGGGCAGGUGCUGCAAGUGAAAGAACACUGCAAGUGAAGUGCAAGUUACAGUCAAAGGAGCACGGGGCAGUGGGGACUCAGAAAGUGCACCAAGGAGACUCUACUUCGCUUACUGGUGUGUCCGGAAUAGCAUAGCGAAGAGAUGGUGAAGACGCAGCUGAGGAGCGAAACCAACUAACGAACCAGAUGAUGUAAACGACCUACGACCGCCCUCCUCUCUAUUCUUUCUCUUCAAUCGAAUCGAAAGUGAAAUCGAACCUCGGAGAAGUCUCGGGCAGCAGCAGCAGCAAGCCAUAAGCCGAACCAGAAAACCAAAACUGCCUUCGUUGCACUGCAAUCGAAGCUGCAUUCUUUGGUUUCAUUUUUUUUCUUUGGAAUUCAAAAGCACAUCACAGCGAUCGCCAUGAACCUGUCACCAAGCUUAUCUGCCACUGGAAACCUAAUGCUCCUCGCCCUAUGCCUUCUGCUGGCCACCUUUCAUGGCGCCAGUGUGCAGGCGGAGCGCGAUUUCAAUGUAAACGACUCCCAGGUGCCCGUCAUUGAGCCCAAGGAUGUGCCCGCCUACAAGCAGGAUCCCUAUGUCAAGGAGCUGAUGGGCUGCUCCAACAGCCAGAGCGAGAUCGUCCUCUCCCUGGUGCUGAAGAAACACGACUGGAGCGAUCUAACUGCCACCAAGCGAGCUCAUGUCCAGGCCAAGCUGGCCAAGUUCUUUGCCAUACCCAAGGAAUUCAUAUCCCUGGACUCUGUGUCCAAGCACGAGCUGAAGUCCAUGCACAAGUUGGCCAACAAGAGGGGCGGAAAGGGCAACAAAAACAUAGAAACCCUGAAUCGUCGUCUAGGACGCGCCAGUUUCAUGAUCGGCUGUGAUUCGCGGUACUUUGCCAUGGGGGAGCCGAUAGCCAUGCAGAUUGCCCAUCAAGUGAAGGAUGGCACCAUUGGAGCCUUGACUGAGGAGAACUUUGGUCUGUGGUUCAUUUGGCGAAAGGAACUGAAGGCCCGAUCACACCGCAAGAGACGCCAAUCAGAGGGCUCUGGCAACGAGGAUGACGACUACGAGUACGAAGACGAUACCGAAGACACUUCGGAACCCAGCACGGAAGUACCACCUGUGACAACACACGCCCAUCGACACCAUCACGGAGCGUCGGAGGUUCCCGAUUCCGUUUCGGUCGCGUCGGUCGCAUCCGUGGAGGAGAUCCAGGAGAGCGUCUCCAAGCUGGAGUCCGUGAUCAGUAAGACCAUUGAGAACACGAAGAACAUCAAGGAGCUGCUCAUUCUGGGUGCGGAUGCUGAGGAUGAGGAGGACGAGGAGUUCCGGCAGCUAAUCCCAGGGGAGGCUGCCACCUUCAGCAGCAGUACGGCGGCAACUCCAGUGACGGAAACCGUGAAGCCUGUCCUGUUCCCGGAGGAGAAUCAAGUGGAUCAGGCAGCUAUCGAUGUGGAGAUCGAGACUUCCACGCACGCGUCCAAGCCGUACUCCCCGUAUGAUGCCACCUCUGCGAUGGUAGCCACGUCCUCGUCGCCCACAUCCGCCCAGCCAGCGAUUUCGGAACCUCCUCCACCUCAAACAUCGCAAUCGUCGGCGACCACACCCACACCCAUGCUCACCGAGCUCGAUGGCAAUGCCCCCACCACCACCACCACCACCACCAUAACCACCUCACCAGCAUCCCUGUCCCCGGCAAACCCCGCAUUUCUGUCUCCAUCUUCACAGGCCACUCAACCAUCCUUAAAAACAACUACAACAACAUUAACAAGCACAACAGCAACAAUCUCAACAACAACAGCAACAACAAUAUUGUCAGAAUCGCCAAAGCCAAACACUCUGCACAAUGAUUUCGAGCUGAGCACCCUGCUGCCCUUCGACGAAAGUGAAGGCAGCACCCCAUCAGCAGCAACAGCAGCACCUACUCCAAGCGCAGCCGGAGCAGCAUCGGCGGAAACACCAACUCCAAGUGCCACGGCAGCCACUUCAAGCGAAAGCGAGAUCGAUUUUCAUGUAGAAUCCACCACACACCGUAUUGUUAGCUCUAAGCAGGGAGAACCUGGUGACAGCCUCAACAGCAGUAGCAGUAACACUUUAACCCAUAAUGAGCUGCCCACUCCAACAGUAGGAACUACUACCACCACCGUCCAGCCCGAAUCCAGCAGCUCGUUCGCCUCCACGGACUAUGUUGAACCGCCGCAGGAGGAGAAUAGUCCGCCGGUCAUUGAGACGCGUCUCCCGAAACUGGCUGUUACGUCGGGUAAGGCCUUCACCUACAUCGUGCCUCUCGAGACUUUCUCUGAUGCCGAGGACCAGGGCAACCUGAGGCUGGAACUCACCGACAAAGAUGGCCAUGAGCUGAAGUCAACCUCGUGGUUGCAGUUUAACGCCGAUAAGAGGGAACUCUAUGGACUCCCCUUGGACGACACCGUAUCCCGAUGGCAGUAUCGACUCUCGGCAACCGACUCAGGCAAUGCGAGUGUCACGGAAACCGUAGAGAUCAGCGUCCAGCAGCACCGGGCGGUGAGGACCAUCAACCAUGAGAUUAGUAUUUCUGUGAGGAUCAACGAAAAGCACGGCCACAACAUCAACUGGCAGUUGAAGCUGAUCAACGCCGUAGCUAGGACAUUGGACGAUACGAACAGCUCAGCGUUGGUGGUGCGGGAGAUUCGGCAAACUCCCCAGGAUCCCUACUCGGCUACCUUGGUCUAUUUCAACGAGACUCUGCCAACAAACGAGUGUCCCGAAAGGGAACUCCAUGACCUUGUUGGCCGGCUGGAUGCCCAGCGGCUGAGUGACUUGGUUCAGCCUCUGCUGGCCAUCAAAUCCAUUACUGGUCAGCUGAUUGGUUCCUGCCAGAAGGAGCUGACGCGAGUGAAGCCCACACAGCACAUGGCCAAGAAUGUGCCGCCCAUGCCGCGGAACCAGGUCGAUCGCGUGAACGCCAGUGUGGGGCAGUUGUUGGUCUACAAAGUGCCGACCGACACUUUCUACGAUGCCAACGACCAGCAGCUGACUCUGACUCUCAAAACCAAGGACCACAAGGAGCUGAGCACACGUCACUGGCUGCAGUUCGACUCCAAAAACGAGGAGUUUUAUGGUGUUCCCAAGAGCGGGGAUAUUGGCUCCGAGGAGUACCUGUUGGUGGCCGAGGACAGCGGUGGGUUAGUUGCCCACGAUGCCCUGGUCGUGGUGGUUAGCCAUGCUCCCAAACGAGAGUUUGGAGCCUUCUUCAAGGCAUAUCUGGCCAUCAGGCACGAAAACUUUAACGCCGAACUGCAGCGGAAGUUUGUGGAGCGCGUAGCCAAGUUGCACGGAGAUCCCACCACCAGCCAGAUCCAGAUCCGAUCCAUAACCACCCACCAUGACUCGGAUGGCACGAUUGUCAACUUCUACAACACAACCCUGUACAAAAUGCACAAUCGUUGUCCGGAGAAGGAGCUGGCCGCCACCAGGAGUAUCUACCUGAACAGCGAUCUUAGCCUCAAGGAUUCGGUGAAGCGAGCUUUGGGCCCGGAAUUGAAUCUAACCAACUUUUCGGUGGUUCCGUUCGGCAGCUGCCAUCAUGCUGAGAUUCCGGAUAUUCAACCCGAUUACAACCCAAGGCCCGAUGAGCCCAGCCUGAAGUCCACUUUCAGCGACGAGUACUUGGCCAACAUUGUGCUACCCGCCGUCAUCAUUGUGGUCAUGAUUAUCUUGGCAUCCCUUGUGGCCUGCUGCCUGCACCGGCGUCGUCACAAGAGCGGAAAGAUGGAGCUGGGCGACGAUGAGGAGCGCAAAUCCUUCCGAACUAAGGGUAUCCCCGUAAUCUUCCAGGACGAGUACGAGGAAAAACCAGAGAUUGGCAACAAGAGUCCGGUUAUUCUGAAGGACGAGAAGCCUCCUCUACUGCCACCCUCCUACAAUACCUCGAAUAUGAAUGGUGACAACGACGUGGAUGAGUAUGUGCCACCGCCGGCUGUUGUGGUGGGCGGACGGGAGGUACGAGGGAAGUCCCCGGCCACACCCUCCUACCGCAAGCCUCCGCCAUAUGUGUCACCAUAAGUCAGUGGGAUCAGGAGGAGCAGAAAAGUAACAAUAAUACCAAUCGCAUCGUAUUAACCACACAA